AACUUUCGGAGAGAUCGCACUUGAACGCAGCGAAAAAUGUGCGAUAGUGAUUUUGCGUUUUCUGUUUGAAUUUCUCAAAUCUCUGACAACAGAGUGGACCCAUGAAGACUUGGACCGAUUACGGCGACGACGACUUGGACACAAACAACUCACCCUGCAAAGUGAUUACUCAGAUAUAAGCCAACCGCGACGAGGCGCGCUCGUUCAGUCUUCAGUCUUCAUCGUAAGUCAAGAGAGCAUGGAACUGUUCUACAACAUCGUAUCGCCACCGUCGCGUUCGGUCCUGAUGCUGGCCAAGCAUCUCGGCAUCGAGUCCGAGCUGACCAUGAAGAGUGUGAAUCUACGCGCCGGAGAGCACAUGACGGAGGACUACGUCCAGAUGAACCCGCAGCACUGCGUUCCGACGCUGCUAACUGAGGAUGGAGUUGCGAUCUGGGAGUCGAACGCGAUCUUGAUCUACCUCGCGGAACGGUUUGACCAGGAGGAGAAGGUCUACUCGAAGGAUUUGGCCAAACGGGCCCAAAUCAACCAGCGAUUGUGUUUCGACCUGGGAACACUGUACAAGAAUAUCCGCGCCUACUACGGCCCUCUCGCGAUGGGAAGAUCCAAGCCCAGCGAAGAUCUGCUCAAACAGAUCGACCAGUCCGUCGGUUACCUCGAGGGAUUCCUUUCCAAAACUCAAUUUGUGGCCGCGGAUUCGCUGACGAUAGCGGACUUUGCCGUGAUCACCUCCGUAACGGUGGCCAGUGCGUUAAAACACGAUUUCAGCAAGUUCCCAAACGUGACCCGGUGGAUUGCCGACUGCAAAGGCAGUAUUGUCGGGUUCGAAGAGAUCACCAAAAAGGCGGAGGACACGUGGAAAGCUACGCUGGAGGAAAAGUAGACGUUUAAAAUUAGUACAAAAUAUACCAAAUAAUAAAAUUGCCAAAAAAAAACAAA